AUGUGGAUAACACGGCUCAUGCCAUUUGGAGCUUGGAGGAUAAUAGCGCCAAGAUCGGCACCGGUGGCGUUGGUAACCUGGGCACGUGUGUCGUACGGAAUAAUAUCGCAACAAAAAAACAUGUUCUCAUCCAAGGCAAAAAAGGGGAACAAGAAUAAAGUUCAACAAAAAACAGAAGUUGAAGAUGAAGAUACUGACAUGGAGUAUUUCGAUAUUAAUGAACACCUUGAUAAAAUCGUGGAAAUUGAGGAAGACGCUCUGAAGGCGAUUGCUGACCUGAAACCGGUAGCCAUUACAUUGGAUGAAUUAGAAGCGAUACCCAUAAAGAACAAGAUGCUAGUAGAUCUUGCACAAAUAGUAAUGAAAUCGCCAAUUGUUACUCAUAUCCAUGUAUUUGAUGUCAAAAUUAAAAGCAAGGUUGUUAGAGAACUUGUAUUGCUACGUGACGACUGGACUGUACACUCAGACGAUGACGAUCUUAUAGUUAUACGGAUGCCAAGCCCAAACUCUGCGCAGUUGAUGCAACAACUCACGCAAAAGGCACAUGCCAUUGUGGAGGCACACCAACGGUUAUUGCAAAGAGCCCUGUCAAAAGCCAAUGCAAAAAUAAAACAGGUAAAUAUAGGUAACAACUGGCAUAGGAAGCAACAGGAGCGGCUGGAUGCCGCAGCUAAACGGUUACGAGACCGUAUGAAGACAGCGGUCAAGGAAUUAACCACACAAUAG